AUGCAAAACGAAAUUAUUUGUAUUUGUGAUAAAUUAAUUUUAAAAGAAAUAGUUAGGAAAGUAAAUGCUGCUGAGGGGUUUGCAGUUUUAGCUGAUGAAACAACAGAUAUUGCUACAAAAGAACAACUGACAUUAUGCGUUCGUUUUAUAGACAACAACAAUAUGGUUAAUGAAAGUUUUCUUCAAUUUGUUAUUAUUCACAGUUUAACGGGAAAUGACCUGGCAUCUGCUAUAAUAAAUGGUUUAAAAAGUUGUGGUAUUAACUGUGAAUAUUUAAUUGGACAAGGGUAUGAUGGUGCAUCAAAUAUGAGUGGAAAAUACAAAGGAGUCCAAGCAAUAGUUAGAGAAGAAUAUCCUAAAGCCAUAUAUGUCCAUUGUGCUGCACACACAUUAAAUUUAGCAGUUUCAAAAGCAUCAAAUAUUCAACCAAUUAGAAAUUGUCUCAGUAUUAUUGAAAAACUUUACGACUUUUUUAAUACCCCAAAACGGAACAAUGUGCUUUUGAAUUGUAUUAAAAAUGCAAAUGAAACACCAAAUGCUAAAACAUUGAAGAGGCUAUGUGCUACGCGUUGGAUACAAAGAUAUGAUGCUGUCAAUGAUUUUGCUGAACUGUUUCCAUUUGUCAUGGAUGCUUUAGACAAUAUUUCAAUUUCUCAUGACUUAUCAGGAACAGAUGCCUCUAUACUGUCUAAAUCUAUUGACUCGGAAUUUAUUAUAUCACUUCAAGUUGUUAAAUUAUUGUUUUCGUAUGGCUUACCUUUGUGUAAGCAAUUACAAAAAAUAAGGAUUGAUCUGAAAGAAGCAGUGGAACUUUCUAAUGAUGUUAUAAAGAAUUUAGAACUAAUAAGGGCCAACGCAGAAGAAGAGUUCCAUAAACUAUUUUUACAGGCUGAAGUUAUGGCUUCUGUAUUUGAACUUGAACUAGCUGUAAAAAGAAUUACAAAAAGGCAAGCAAAUAGAGGAAAUCCUUGUUCAGAUAAUGCAAAUUUAGAUGUUGAAGAAUACUAUAGGAUUACAAUUUUUAUUCCAUAUUUAGAGUUUUUUAUAAGCGAGUUGACUGAAAGAUUUUUAUCCCAUGCAUCUAUUUUUAAUGGAUUUGAAUGCUUAUUUUCUAAACAUGAGCUUACUGAAAAAGAUGAAGUUGAAUUUACUGAAUUAAUUAAAUUUUACACCCCAAUGGUGUCUAAUGAUUCUUUGGUUGAAUUAAAACUGUGGCGAACCAAGAUACAAAGAUCUGAAAGAAUACCUAACACCGGUCUUGAGGCACUAGAUAUUUGUAAUAAAGAUAUCUACCCCAAUAUUUAUUUUCUCCUUAAAGUUCUAUGCACAUUACCAGUGUCAACAUCAUCGCCAGAACGUAUGUUUUCAACUCUGAAAAGAGUGAAAACAUAUUUAAGAAACACAAUGUCUGAGAAUCGAUUAAAUGGUCUUGCUAUGUUGGCUGUUCAUAGAAAUGUCAAAGUUGACCCUGAAGAAGUGCUUAAUGAAUUGGCAUUAAGACCACGUAGAGUGGAUCUUUUAUUGUAA